AAAAGUUUUAUUCGAAAACAUGAUUUAACUCGUCAUGUGAUGAUUCACACUGGUGAAAAGCCGUUUUCAUGUGUGACCUGUGGGAAAAGUUUUAAUCGAAAACAGAGUUUAACUGAGCACAUGAUGAUUCAUACUGGUGAAAAGCCGUUUUCAUGUGUGACCUGUGGGAAAAGUUUUGUUGAAAAACAUAAUUUAACUCGUCACAUGAUGAUUCACACUGAUGAAAAGCCGUUUUUAUGUGUGAACUGCGGAAAAGGUUUUAGUGAAAAACAGAAUUUAACUCGUCAUAUGAUGAUUCACACAGGUGAAAAGCCGUUUUUAUGUGUGACCUGUGGAAAAAGUUUUAGUCAUAAACAGCAGUUAAUUCAGCACAUGAUGAUUCACACCGGUGAAAAGCCGUUUUCAUGUGUGACCUGUGGAAAAAGUUUUAAUCAUAAACCGACUUUAACUCAGCACAUGAGAAUUCACACCGGUGAAAAGCCGUUUUCAUGUGUGAAUUGUGGAAAAUGUUUUAUUCAAAAAUCUAAUUUAACUACGCAUAUGAUGAUUCACACUGGUGAAAAGCCGUUUUCAUGUGUGAACUGUGGAAAAAGUUUUGGUGAAAAACGGAAUUUAACUCGGCACAUGAUGAUUCACACUGGUGAAAAGCCGUUUUCAUGUGUGACCUGUGGGAAAAGUUUUUGUCAAAAAAAGCAUUUAACUCUGCACUUGAGGAUUCACUCUGGUGAAAAACCAUUUACAUGUGUGAACUGUGGAAAAAGUUUUCGUAAUAAACAUAGUUUAACUAAGCACAUGAUGCGUCACACAGUUGAAAAACUGUAGAAGUAUGUUCCAUAAAUGUCCUGCAUUGUAUUUGUUAAAUGUGAUCAUUUUGAUCUUCACAUUUGGAUACUUAGAGAUGUUCAACCAUGACACAUUAUCCUUCAUUGAUGUUUUAUUUUUCUGGUAUAUUCUGUAUCAAAAAACAAUAAUGAUAAACUGUAUGUUAUUGUAUUAACUUACUGUUUAUGUCAAA